GAUCAAUCGCGCAUGUGUGUACAGAAGAAGAAAUGGCCACAGCAGUGCUAGGACGUUGUGUAUUAGGGCAGCUGAAUAGACUGCGGACGUACAGAAAUAUUGCAAAAGUGACGAGUGCACAAAGUAGAAAUAUCAGUUUUUCACAACGUCUUCUAGGCGUAAAGUACUUCACGGAGAAACACGAGUGGGUGGAAGUGAAUGGAGAUAUAGGCACCAUUGGUAUUUCUGAUUUUGCUCAGGAUCAGUUAGGUGAGGUUGUUUAUGUGCAGCUGCCUGAAAUUGGUACAGAGCUGGAACUAGGGCUUGAGGCUGGUGUGUUGGAGAGUGUGAAGGCAGCCAGUGAGGUGUACAGCCCUAUAUCAGGGGUGGUUAAAGAAGUCAACACUCCAUUGGAAGACAACCCAAACCUUGUCAAUGAAUCCUGCUAUGAAAAAGGAUGGCUGUAUAAGAUGACCAUCGGAGAGCCCUCGGAGCUGGACCACCUGAUGAAGGAGGAUGAAUAUCUCAAAUUCAUAAAAGAAUAACCCCACCAUCUCCCUCUAUUCCAAAUAUCUGUGCUGAAGUGUGGGUUAAAUGAUGAUAUAUAUUUGUAUAUGUGUGACUGUAUGUUACCAAACUCGCAGAACUUUCAGACAGUAUUAUUUAAAUAAUAUAUUUGAUUUUUUUUAAAUAAGUUUCAGGAGUAGAAUCAUCCCUAUACACGUUGUACCUCAAAAUAUCUUGUCUAUUAAUCUACUCUCUUCCUAUUUUGAUUUAUGCAAUUUUUUCAGGGCAUUCAAGUCUAAUAUUUCUAUGACACAUUGAAUAUAAAUUAUUCUUAGAUUUUUGUAAAUCUCUUCAUAAACAGUUUUAAUUUCAAAUGAAAUGUGAAUAUUUUUGUAACACAUUUAAUUUACUUAUGCAUGAUACCAAUUUUUAAAGCACAAAAUUUGAUGAAUGAAAAAUAUGAGAUGUUUGUUGUUGGAGUUAAUUUUUUUAUUUGAAGUUUUACAGGUGUUUUUGUGAACUGAAUCUGCAUAGAUAUGUAGAAUCUCAUAUUAGUUUUGAAGUGAUAUGUAAAAUUCUCAGUACAUGUUUCAUUCAGUAACACAUGUACUUUACCUUUAGUAUUGCUUUGAAUUUAAUAAAAAAAAAAAAUUAUUGAUGCUUAUGAUCUUAAUGUAAUAAAAGACACAAUAUUUUCUUGUUGGCAAUCACUGCACAGAGUGUAUGUGAAAGUGAAACUAGAUUUUAACACACCAAUAUAUUAUUCACUUGUUCAUGACGUUUUCUGUUAUAUUGUAAUUAUGGUAUAUAUCUAUAAUUAUGCAUUAUCGAUGUAUAUGCUGAAUAUGAAUUAAAGUGAAACAUCAAAGAAA